UUGAUGAAACAUGGGGUAAAAUAUGAAGUUAACUCACGGGGAUGCUACCUUGACCAUUUUUAGCCAAUUUUUUCGAACCUGAUUUUUAGCCUAUUUACGUGGAUGAUGUCCAACUAAUGUACACGCCUGUAAAGCAAAUGAGAUUGAUUAAACAAAUGGCCGUCCACGAGCUCGGCACUAGCCUCUUGUUUAAUCAUCCCACGCUGUAGACAAGCUCCAGCGCGAGUGGAUUUUUCCUGCUCCACGCGCAUCUCCUCCACACCAGUCCACGUGCGCCAGCCUAUCGCGUCACCGUCGCUGAGCUCCAAGAUCCAUCCAUGGCGGACGCCAUGACGCUCUCCUACCUGCCCCUCUCGCUUGCCACGGUCCUCUUCGUCCUCGUCCUGCUCGGGAACCUCAGGAAGCGCCGGCGUGAGCGCGGACUCCGGCUGCCGCCGAGCCCGCCGUCCCUGCCGGUCAUCGGCCACCUGCACCUCUUCAAGAAGCCGCUCCACCGCGCGCUGGCCAACAUCGCCGCGGCGCACGGGCCGGUGCUGCUCCUCCGCUUCGGCUCUCGCCGCGUGCUCCACGUCGCCGACCCGGCCGCCAACGAGGAGUGCUUCACAGCGCACGACGUGGUCUUCGCCAACCGGCCCCGGCUCCCCUCCGCGCGCCACCUCUCCAACGGCUACACCACGCUGGGGUCCUCCAGCUACGGCCCCAACUGGCGCAACCUCCGCCGCAUCGCCACCGUCGAGGUGCUCUCCGCGGGCAGCCUCCUCCGCUCCGCGGCCGUCCGCGGCGACGAGGUGCGCCUCGCUGCACGCCGCCUCUUCCUCGAGGCCGCCGCCGCCGGGGCGUCGGAGCCGAGGCCCGCGCGCGCCGACGUGAAGGCGCGGGCGUUCGAGCUGGCGCUGAACGUGGUGGCGCGGAUGAUCGCCGGGAAGCGGUACUACGGCGGCGAGGGAGACGUGCCGGAGUCUGAGGCGGAGGAGGCCGCCAGGUUCCGGGAGAUGGUGCGCGAGUACUUCGCGAUGCAUGGCGCGUCCAACCUGCAGGACUUCCUGCCUGUGCUCGGCGUGCUGGACAUCGGCGGCGCCAGGAGGCGGGCGGUGCGGCUGGCCCGGAAGCGCAACGAGUGGGCGCAGCGGCUCAUCGACGAGCACCGCGCCGCCUUCGACGAUGGCGAGGGGAAGAGCCGCCGCGGCAGGACGAUGGUCGGCGACCUGCUGGAGAUGCAGGCGGCCGAUCCGGAGGCGUACAGCGACAAGGUCAUCAGAGCGCUCUGCCUGAGCAUCCUUCAAACCGGCACGGACACCUCGUCGAGCACCAUCGAAUGGAGCAUGGCGGAGCUGCUCAACCACCCGGACGCCAUGGCAAAGGCGAGGGUGGAGCUCGACGAGGUCGUCGGCACGGGGCGCCUCCUGGAGGAAGCCGACCUUUCCAGCCUGCCCUACCUCCAGUGCAUCAUCAAGGAGACCCUCCGGCUGCACCCAAUCGCCCCGCUCCUCGCCCCACACGAGUCCUCCGCCGCCUGCUCCGUCGCAGGCUACGACAUCCCGGCGGGAACCAUGCUCCUUGUCAACGUGCACAUGAUGCACAGGGAUGCGCUCAUGUGGGAUGAGCCGACAAGGUUCUCGCCAGAGAGGUUUGAAGGCGGGAGGGGCGAGGGAAAGUGGAUGCUGCCAUUCGGAAUGGGGAGGAGAGGGUGCCCUGGCGAGGCGCUAGGCAUGAACAUGGUCGGGCUCGCUGUCGGCACGCUGGUGCAGUGCUUUGAGUGGAGGAGGGUCGGCGAGGAGGUGAUUGACAUGGCUGAAGGGUCAGGGCUGACCAUGCCCAUGGCUGUACCUUUGGAGGCUUUGUACUGGCCUCGUGCAGAGAUGACACCGGUGCUAAGGGCACUCUAGGAAAGGAACACGGGCUGUUCAUUUCUGAGAGAAUUCACUAAUAAAAGCGCAAUUUUGGGAGGCAGGAGAAUCAGGAAGUUACCUUUGGUAUCAUCAACUGCUCUUAAUCACAAGCAGACCAAGUAGAAUGUAUACUCCAGCACGAGUGGUUCUUAGUUCAUACCAGAUCACAAGAUGAUCAUGUAGAAUGGAUGUUCCAGCGUCAGUAAUUCUUAGUUCGUACCAGAUCCAAAACCCUGUUACAUAGGAAGAACCAGAGUUAGGGAGAAGCCACUAUGAAAAAAUUUAGACGUGCAUGAAGAAAAAAUUACGGAAACUAGGAGUGGAGACAGUAGACUAAUAAUGCAUCUCAAGCACAAAGAAAAUCAACUGGAGCUCCUAAACAUGAUAUACAAGAAAUAAAGUUGGGGUAUGGCAGAAAGAGAUGGAUCUUCCUGCAAAAA